AUGGCUUCCUCCUCCUCGUCUUCAGAGUUCACCGCCGACGAACUCGAGGCGGCGGAGGCUCUGAUUAAGCUAAAGACCACCGACCCAGAUUCCACUCUCUCAGAUUUCUUCCCUCGCUGGCUCCAGAAAAAGAAGCGGCUGCUUCCGUAUGAUGAAAAGAGUAGCGAGAGAGGGAAAAGGUUGAGCCCUGACACUCCUCUCGAUGUGCCUCGUUCUCCGAUAGCUGGUGACAAGAACCCAUUUUCCCGCUUGCCUCCUCUGCUUUCGUGUUCGAAGAUGGAGUCUUUGAAGAAGAACGACGACGAGAAACAAGCGGAGUUGGUGAAUAAGAAGAAGGAGCAGAUGAUGAAUGCGGUAAUCGUUACCCAAUCUGUAUGCAUCGACCUCAAGGAUUUUUUAGCUUCCUCAAUGUGUCAUUUUAUCGAGCAUGUUUCUGGCAUCUUUUUUCAUGUAAACCUUAGAGGUUCUAGCACUGUUGAACAAGAGGAGAAAAAGCAGCUAUGCAAGAAACUCCAAGAUGCAGAAAAUGAGUCCAGCAGUGGAAAAACAAGUAAUGGAAGAUAUCUAAGCAAAGCCGACCUUAGGAAAGAUGCACGCAGAAUGAGAAAUGGGCCGGGAAGAAAUUGUAUGGGCGCAAGAGUUGAAAUUUCAAAGGGAUAUAUGCCUAAUAGUUUCGACCAGGUUCUUCUUGAUGCUCCUUGUUCUGCCCUUGGUCUUAGACCUCGAUUAUUUGCUGGGGAGGCAAUUUUAACUAGUCAAUAUAGAAAAUCUACUACAGCAUCUAGGUUACAUCUAAUUGUUUUUUUGCGAAAUGGUAAACAUAUUUCGAAUAUUGAAAUAUGGUUGUUGCUGAACAACAUAUACCUAGCAUUUCCAAAUUCAUGGAAGGAACAUGUGGUUACCACUUCUCGAGAACUUGGACACUUGAGCUCAGGUUUUAUACCCCCAAGACUCCAAAACCCCGUUGCUACUCAUCUGAAUCCAGUACUCUCCGCCUGUGUGGACCCCACUGGAAAAAUUCCGUUCACGCCCCUCGGACACCCUCCCCCCGCCACCGGCCAAUCGCAGGUCAUCGAGGUCGACAAGUUCACCAUGAUGCGGCGCUGCGAUCUCCCCGCGCGCGAUCUCCGGCUCCUCGAUCCCCUCUUUGUUUACCCCUCCACGAUUCUCGGUCGAGAGAAGGCGAUUGUUGUCAAUCUCGAGCAGAUCAGAUGCAUAAUCACUGCAGAUGAGGUUUUGCUUCUCAAUUCUCUUGACGGGUAUGUGAUUCAGUAUGUGGUGGAGCUUCAGCGGCGGCUGAUGGCGGGGAACAAUUCGGUCGAGAGCUGAAAUGAGCUUCACGGGACUUUGCCUUUUGAGUUCCGGGCGCUUGAGGUUGCGCUCGAGGCUGCUUGUACUUUCCUCGAUGCUCAGGCAGCUGAACUAGAAAUCGAGGCAUAUCCCUUGUUAGAUGAGCUCACAUCAAAGAUCAGUACCCUGAACCUAGAACGAGUCCGUCGUUUGAAAAGUCGACUAGUUGCAUUAACACGGAGAGUACAGAAGGUUAGGGAUGAAAUAGAGCAACUAAUGGAUGAUGAUGGUGAUAUGGCUGAAAUGUAUCUGACUGAAAAGAAAAGGCGUAUGGAAUCAUUUUUUGGUGAUCAAUCAUUACAAGGGUACAGUUCUACUGGGCCUGGGGUGUCUGUUUCUGCUCCAGUUUCUCCUGUGUCUUCACCACCUGAGUCACGAAGACUUGAGAAGGCACUAAGCUUUGCUAGAAGCAGGCACAGUAGUAUGAAAAGUUCAGACAGUACCAAAGAAAAUAUAGAAGAGCUGGAGAUGUUGUUGGAAGCUUAUUUCGUGGUCAUUGAUAGCACUCUUAACAAAUUAACUUCGCUAAAGGAGUACAUUGAUGACACAGAAGAUUUCAUAAACAUUCAACUGGAUAAUGUCCGAAAUCAGCUGAUCCAAUUUGAGCUUAUACUGACAACGGCAACAUUUAUCGUUACCAUCUUCAGUGUGGUCGCUGGAAUCUUUGGCAUGAACUUUGAGAUACCGCUGUUUAAUGAUCCGAGUGCAUUCGACUGGGUGUUGAUAAUCACAGGGACUUGUGGUGCCAUAAUAUUCUGUUGCUUCCUGUUUUAUUUCAAGUACAGAAGAUUAAUGCCCCUGUAGAUGGUAUACAUUAAGUAUACAACAUGGAGAGGGGGGGGGGGGGGGGGGAUAGUAAUCUCUGCACUGUCUUCCUUAAACGAGGUGAUUAUAGGGUAAGAGUUGAGGUUCUUCAAAUUCUAAUUCUUCUUUUAGUAGGAGAAUUUGAGGCUCUUAAUUGAUUACUCCUAUUGAUGUAUAUAUCAUUCUUCCUGCUCCUCAGCCUAAUGGAUAGGUGCACAAGUAGAUUCUGAUACUGCUGUAAAGAGCUCGAUGGUACUCUAUACUAUAUCAAAUAAUAUAUCAUUUGAUA